CCGGUGCCCGAAGAGAGGCGGCGGCCCCCGCAGCGGCCGCAGGAGGGGUGGCGGUGGGCGCCGCAGGCGAUGCCCCUGCCCAGCUGCUCCGGCGGGGGGCGGUGCGAUCGGCGGCGGCGGCGGCGGCGGGGCAGCAGGCGGGGGGCGGCGGCUGCGGCGGCGGCUGCUGCAGAGGGGCCGAGAGCUGGCGGCGGCGGCGGUCGUGAAGGGCAUCGGCGACGGCGGUGAUGGCAGUGCUGAUCUGAAGAUGGAAAGAGCCAGGCGAAGGGGAGGCGGCGGCGCCGGCGGCCGCGGCCGCGGAGGCAAGAACGUAGGGGGCUCUGGCCUAAGCAAGAGCAGACUCUAUCCCCAGGCCCAGCACGCCCACUACCCCCACUACGCGGCGUUAGCCGGCGCGAAUCAGCCCGGGGGCGCGGCCGAAAUCCAGGAGCUGGCCUCCAAAAGAGUGGACAUCCAGAAAAAGAGGUUCUACCUCGACGUGAAGCAAAGCUCCCGGGGCCGAUUCCUAAAGAUCGCCGAAGUCUGGAUCGGCAGAGGCCGGCAGGACAAUAUCAGGAAGAGUAAGCUGACCCUGUCCCUGUCGGUGGCCGCGGAGCUGAAGGACUGUCUAGGGGACUUCAUCGAGCAUUACGCCCACCUGGGCCUGAAGGGCCACCGGCAAGAGCACGGCCUCGGCAAAGAGCCGGGCGCCCGGCGGAGGCAGAAGCACUUGGCACCCUCCCCGCCCGUGUCCGUGGGGUCCGAGGAGCACCCCCACAGCGUCCUCAAAACCGACUACAUAGAGAGGGACAAUAGGAAGUAUUAUCUGGACCUGAAGGAAAACCAGCGUGGUCGCUUCCUGCGGAUUAGGCAAACCAUGAUGCGGGGGACUGGCAUGAUCGGUUACUUUGGCCACAGUUUGGGCCAAGAACAGACGAUUGUCCUCCCAGCACAGGGAAUGAUUGAGUUUCGUGAUGCCUUGGUUCAGCUCAUCGAAGACUAUGGCGAAGGGGACAUAGAAGAACGAAGAGGUGGAGACGAUGACCCGCUUGAACUCCCCGAGGGGACUUCUUUCAGAGUGGACAAUAAAAGGUUCUACUUUGAUGUGGGCUCUAAUAAAUAUGGAAUUUUCCUGAAGGUAAGUGAGGUGAGACCGCCUUACCGUAAUACUAUUACUGUUCCGUUCAAAGCUUGGACGAGGUUUGGGGAGAAUUUUAUCAAGUAUGAAGAAGAGAUGAGGAAAAUAUGCAACAGCCAUAAAGAAAAGAAAAUGGAUGGCGGAAGGGCCAGUGGUGAAGAACAAGAAUGCCUCGACUAGAGUGAAAUUGAACUCCAUCAGGCAAAAUUUAAAAAUCAUAAAUUGGCUAAAAGUACUGAUCCGUAAUCAUUUGGAGAAGUUUUUCCUCUUUUUUUGGCCCUUUGUUAUUAGUAAUACCUCUAUAGUUUAUACUUCAAGGAGUCCGAUUCUCAUGUUAUGUUAUACAUAGAACACUAUAAUUCUUAUGGGAAUUCCCACCUUCCCAGAGCUAAAUAGUUUAGCUGCUUCAUCUGCUCCAGACUAUUGAAGUAUGCAAAUCAGCACAGAAUGUGACAUUCUGACCUUCUAAAUACCAUAACUAAGAUUUACAUUGCACUAUGACAUAAUCCUGAAAAAAGAUACCUAUAUUUAAUCUGGAAGUGUGAAUUACUAUUUAACAAGUUCCCAAAAAAAGUAUCCCAUUCCUUCUUCAUUAAAAGCUGCUAAGCUUCCUAUAGGACAGUUACCACAGAACAGAAAUUGACCUCAAGUAUAAUAUAAACAUAUUUAUUUAUAAAAGUACAAGUUGAAAUAUAUUAAUUGUCCAUUGGAUAACUGAAUAUUAAACAGUACCAUUAAAGGAUAAAAUCUUAGCGUUACUAUAGUAUUCCAUAAUUUAAAAUUGUGUGGUAACUCUACAGUUUAUAGUUGCCAUAACAAAGCUAUGGGAGAGUUUUAAUUGGUUAUUCUAAGUUAGUUGCAAUCCCAUCUUCACUCCUGUUUAUUGAUUGUAUCAUAGAUUUUUAUUGACUUUCCAAAGUUUCAGGAAUUACUUUUAUGUCAUUAUUGAGGGGAAAGCGUCAUCCCAUGGCUUUGCCAUGGAAAUUUUGUUGUUUUAGCUUUUCAUGCUAAUUUGAAGGUUGUGAGAGGUUUUUUUCCCAAAAUAUAUCAUGGACUCAAGGUGUUAUAUUUUAUGCUUCUUUAACAGUAUUUCAGAGGGGUUGGUGCACCAGUUAACUGAUACAAAAAUACAUCUGUAACAAUAUAUUUUGGUAGCACUUUUGCAAUUGCUACCCUUAAAACUGAGUCAACACUUCCAGUAUAAACCUGAUUUUUACAGGUGUUUUAAUUCCAAGGUGGGGGGAGGAGAAAUGAUUUUUCUAAAAAACAUUUAGAAUGUGAAUUUUCAGCCUGGGAAAAAUAUUAUUUGAAGAUUGGUUAUAAAUAUAUUUGAAAGGAAAAUUCAGGCAUUUUCCAAGGUGCUCUUUAUAAUACUUAAAAAGGUUUACUUUACACAAGACUCACCCAUUUACAUGUAUUAAAAAUUACUUUCCAGUAAGUGCCACAGCAGUUUUUCAACACCUACGCAAUUUUUUAAACAAGUGGUUAUAGUGUAUAUGUGUACCAACCCACCCUGUAUUAACUGACUGAUUUUUAUCUGUUGAGCUGCAUUUUGUUCUGAAUGAAAUGAUUGUCUUUUAUCUUGGCUGUAUUCCCCUCCCACACAGUAAGUCCAUAAUAUCAUGUUUAAGGGCCAGACACUGAUUUCAACCCCCAAAUAUAGCUCUCAUUGAUGAGAGCUGGCUGCAUGGAUUGAGAUCAGAAUAUAGCUCUUCUUUUAUAUGCUAUAAGUAACUUGAGGUUAUUUUAACAAAUUUUUUUCCUUCAGAGGUUUUUCCCCAAAUACAUUUAAGGAAGAUUAUUAAGGAAGCUUUAUGGUAUGAAUUGAGAACAUUAAUUUCACUGGUUUAUGUGACUUUAAAACAAACAUUCAGUAACCCAGACAUAUAUGCUGGUGUUGGUUUGCAGAUUGUAUUUCACAUUUCCUCAAGUAGUUUGAAGGAAUGUCAUUAGUGCAUUAUAAUGGUGGACCAUCUGGAUCACUACGGGACAACUGAAGGUUAGAAGAUAAUGUUAGUCCUAGAGUUAAUAGCACAUGGUGGGUAUUUAGACUCUAAAAGUAUCAAGGAUCUUUAAACAGUCCUAACUAAAGUAACUAUUGUAGGUUUGAUAAAAGUCGUUUUGGGUAAAUGAAGGAGUGGUAUGCACUUGAAUUAUUGUACUACUGAUUGUUAUUGCUGCCCAUCAUAGUGCCUAUUAAUAAUAACCAACCUGUCAGAUUUUGGCAAGCUGGAGCUGUGAAUAUUCCAGUAUUUGAGUGUUCCUAUCACUAUUGUUGUGACUGUAUACUCUCUCUUAAAACCUUCCCUUCUAAAAUAUUUAUAUCCGUUAAGUCUAAAUGAUUUCUUUUUUGGUUUUUAGUCUGAUAAAAUUUGAGUGUGUCUAUAUAUAUAUAUACAUAUAUAUAUGAUUGUGUGUAUGUAUAUAUGUGUUAUAUAUAUAUGUAUAUAUACAUACACACAAUACUAUGUCAGAUUUAAAGAUAAAUAUCUUUAAUUUAUUGUAUAUAAAUAUUAUUAGUUUAAUUUUGCACUAAUAUUUAAGUAAAGAGUUCAUUAAGCAGCCAAAUUUUCUAAUUGUAUGUAUACUUAAAAGUUUUUACCAUCUCAAAGCUACAGAUUGGAUAGAUGUUUAUAUACCAUCUAUUACUGGCAACUGAAUAUGCUUUAGAAUCAUUAGCCUUCUGCCAGUCCUUUUGUUUCAUUUUUUCAUAGUUAAUGUAUUCAUUGAAAAAUGAAAUUAUGCUAUUUUUUUGAUACUUAAAAUUCCCAAUCAUUAGCCAUAAUCAAAUAAGAUCCAGUUCAAAACUCUGGUAUUAGGACACGUAUUGCCAUGUAUCUUGUAAAAUAAGCUACUAUUCUUAUCUGUGCAAUAUACAUUUUAUUUAUUGUCAUUUGUGACAUAAAUGGACUUGCAAGUGUACAUGGUAGUCUUCAAAAUAACAGGAUCCCUGCCUUGAAGACAUUAAACUCUUAAGGCAAGAGGAUAUUAGAAGUCAAAACACGAACAUUAAAGUUAGUAACCAAAAUUCCUAGUUCACUGUACAAUUGUAAAACACUGGUGAUGUUUGCACAUAAUAACCCAAGCAUAAUGUGGUACAGACUCAAACUGUAAUAAUAUAAGCUAAUAGUAUGAAAUUUGGAAACGGGUUCCUCAUAAUAGUUGGCAGUGUGCUCCUAGCAAUUGAAAGCAGCACUAAUCUGUUGCUUAUAUGCAAAAGAUGCAAUGUAUUAUAAAAGUAUUAAUGUUCUGCCACAUUUUAUAAUUUUUCUUGUUAAAGCCCCAAAUUGCCAUGUCCCUUAAACUUGAGUCAAACACAAGCUUAUUUGCACUAAAGAGCAUGGCCAAAAAAUAAAUGACAGGGUGGAAAAGCUAGUUGGAACCUCUUGAAAUAAUUGGUUCUAAUGGGAGAAUUUCACAUUUGUCUAUUUGAAAGCUAUAUGAUCCAGGCAGACAAUCUGUCAGUUCACUAAUUUAAUAAUGCACUUUACCUUUUGUAUAUAAAAGAUGUACAUUUAUGCCACUUGACAGGUGGGAUGUGUUUCCAUUACUAUGUAGUUAGAAUCUAUAGGAUGAUCUCUUGCAUGCAUAUGUUUGUGUUGGAACUGCUGUACUAACAAGUUUCCAUUAAAUUGAUGUAAUGGAGAAGGAGGAUAGAAGAUGCUUUUAAAACAAAGCCCAAUACGUUUAACAAAGAAUUUUAAAGUAGAGUUCAUAUUUGUAUUUUUAAGGACUAGAAUCAAUUAAAAAACAAAACUAUUUCUAGCCCAGAUUAAUAUUACAGUUGAGACUAUAUCUAGUUGAGACUCCCCAUAAUACCCUAAAAGUUAAUUUUUGGAAUUUGUGCUGACAAAUUUUUUUGAAUGAUUCUGUUUCAUUGUUGAUAUGUGUUUAAAUGAAAAGACAGUAUAUGACUGUAUUAGAAUUAAAAGUAUGGUUGGCUGAUCUGGUGUCAUUAAGAAAACAGCCAGACUAAAGGAAUAAAAUUUCAAAUUGAGGAAAUGCAAAGUGCCUAAGGACAAUUGCUGAGAUAAAUAUAUUAUUUCAAAAUUUGCAGAAGAACUAACUUUCACCAAACACAAAUAGUAUUGGGGGACUUAUUGUAUCCUUUCAUCCUAAAAUUUUCCUGAAAUGUACAUUUGAAAACUAGAUAAUUGUUGCUUAAUAAUAGGUUGUAUGUACUUUACUAAGAAACACUGUGUACUAACAAUUCAUCGAGAGUAUACUAUAUUUACUGCAUUCAUUUUAUAUCUAUGGAUAAGAAUACAUUAUAAAUAGUCAUCCUAUCUUAAUAUAAUCAUGUAUUUAUAUUGUAAUUUUGCAAAUAUUUUCAGUAAAAUAAACAUUUAUCUGAGCUGCACAAUUUGAAGAGGAUAAAAUUGGAAUAUACUCUCAGACACUCAUUUUGAAUAAGCAGCUACCAUUGAAAAAUGUAUUAUCAUUCCUUUAGAUUUUGUUUUAUGGUUUAUUUUUAUAUUUAAGUGAAUAGGACUUAAUUUGAAUUUUUAAGUGGUGUCCUGAAAAUAAUUUUUUCAUAAGUAUAAGAUUUCUUUUUCCUGCUUAUUUCAAAAUGUUUUUCAUUAGAACUAUUUAUAAAAAUCUGAUUCCAAGCUUUAGGUAAAGACUUUGCUUAGUCACCACAUAGUGUGAAGUGUGUCUUUACCAAAACACCACACAUCUUUGGCGGGAUAAAAUCUAAAAUAAACCACAAAGAGAAGUUAAAAAUUUAUUCUAUGCCAACAGAAUAAUACAGGUAUAAUAUUUAUCACUGCCAAAUAGGAUUCUUAAAAUCUUUCUGAAGUUUCCUUAAAGAUUUCUCGAAUUUCAUAGAGAAAGUAGUGGCUAAUGAAUGACUAGCCCAUGAGAGAAAGAGAAUAAGGAUGUUAGCAUGCUGUUAAGACAAUCCAUAGUCCACAAUGUUGUAGCAGUGAGGUACAGGGAAAAUGUGUUUUCCCAAUUUAAUGUCAUGUGAAAACUGAGUUUUUAGAUUACAGUUACUCUGUUAUGAAGUAAAUUUACCCAAAUUUAUGUAGGUGGGUCUUAGAAAAACAAUGUGUUAGUGUAUUUUUUUGUAUAAUGUGGAAAAAGUCUUUUUCUUAAUUUGACAUGACUUUUUAAGUAAUUUAAAUUUAUUUUAGUAGUGGGUUUUUAAUCAAUAUUUUUUAAUAUGGAAAACAUAAUAUUUAGAAUCUACAGAUGGGUAGAAAAUGAAAAGUAGCAACCAAUGUUACCAAUUUCUUAUAUAUCUUUCUAGAGUUACUCUGCAUAUACAAGCAUAUGGAUUCACACAUACAUCCUUUUUAAACAUACAAAUUAAAACAUAUCACAUACACUAUCCUAUACCCAAUAGUAUCAAUUUUAGAUCUGACAUUAUAAGUGGAUUCUUUCCUUUUAAUUUUAUACUAGUACUUGAUCUAGCUAACAUAGCAUUUAAUUUGAACUAUAUUAUUACACAAAGAGAACCUUAAAAUUUUUAAUGAAUCCCAUUGGUAUUUACUUAAAAUGCAAAUAACUAUGUAUAUAUAUUAAUUUUAAAAAUGUAUAAAUAUUCAGUUUCCCUUCCUUAUGCCUAGCCAUCUUGCCUUCCUAUCUUCCCUCUUCCCAAAAAAGUAUUGAUCUUUUUCCUGAAGUAAUACAGAUCAGGACCAGCAGAAUAUUAAAUUAUUUAACCACAUGUUAUUUUAGAUUAACUGGGUUCUCUAAUGAAAAAUACCCAUAUCAAAAGUUUUAACAAAUUACCACUUUUAGUCCUAUUGUAGUGGUUCCGUUCUAUUAUCUUAUUCCUUAGAAAAAAGGGGAUGAGUUAUAAGCGCAAAUAAAUACUAGAAUUAUAGCAAAAAAUUAUGUUAUAUUCUAUUGAAAUCAUUUGAUUUAUUAACAUGAGCUUUAAUGUUUUUGGUGAGAAAGACAUAAAGUUAUUAUGAAUAAUUAAUUUAGCAAUUUACUCAAAUCCAAGUCUAAACAAAGGGAUAAAACUAGUCCUGAUUGUUUAAAGCAUUGAUUCCCCAUUGAAGGACCCAGGGCCAGUCAGAUAUCCUUGGGACCAGAAGAUACCAUGAUGAUUUGGGGAAAGAGUAAAGACUUUGAUGUCGCAAGUACAACUAAACCAUCUCCAUUCUCUGCUGGAAAAAUAUAAAAUAGCAAAUAUAAUUGUUUAAAAAUGAUGUUACAUAAUUAUUAUUCCUGAAAAUAUGGACAAAACUACUUUAAUAGUUCUCCCCCAAAAUAAUAAUUUUCUUUUUAUUCACAUCAAGUGGGGGGGGCAUUUAAAGUCACUUUUCUAAGGACCACCAAGGAAAAUUGUUAUCUGAAAAAGUAAAGGUUUUAUACUUGAAUCCUGAAGGAUACUAUCUAAUCAUAAAUUAAAGCAACCAGGGUAAAAGAUCCAAUGCUAUUAGGCUUAUCUUAAAGAAUAUGUGGGUUGAGAAAGAAGUUUUUUAAUGGGUUGGUUUCUGUAAAUUUUACGAAAAUGUUAAAAAGGUUUGAAAGAAAUGUAAGCAUUGGUUUAAACUUUAGAAUCAUAUCUCCAUAAUUGGUGUCAUGAUUUUGUUUGUAAAAUGAGAGAGGUGUUGUUAGAAAACAGGUUUCUCUUAAAUAUAUAUUUUUAAAACAUAAAAGAGUUUGCUUUUUUAUUUUAAUGACAAAUAACUAUCCUUUGCAGAAUCUAUAACAUUGGUAAAGAUAUCUGGGUAUUUACUUGUUUAAGUUUAAAAUGGUUUAUAUGUAUUGUUCCUUAUUUGAAGAGAGGGGUCAAAAAGGAAGGUAAAUUCAUCUUCAAAAUUAGUUUUGCUUAAAUUUAGGCUAAAAAAUAUUAACAAUUUCCCACACUAAUCAAGGAGUUCCCCAUAUUGGUGCUUUGUGGUAAUAUAUGUCUUAAAAUAUUUACUUUCUUUUGAAUAUCUCUUGAGUAAUUUCUUAUUCUGAUUGAGGCCAGUGGCACCUACCAGUAAAUAAAAACAUAUUCAUAAUGAAUUAGUACUUCCACAGUGAAGUCAGUUUGUGAUGUGAAUAUGAAAAAAAUACUCACUUAAAUGGAAUAUAUAGUUUCUUCUUGAAUGUUGUUGACUUUUUUCUAAAAUUGAAUAGGAGUUGUCUGUCUCUCAUUUACCCCAUUAUACUUGGUUUCUGUGUUAUUCCAUUCAAAGUUUUCAUUGUUCCCAGGAAAUAGUAGGGGUAAAAAAAAAAAAAAAGUGGGGGGUUGGAGAAAGUAAUCCCUAAGAAAAGUGUUCAUAGGGUAUAAAAGUUAGAGUUGCUCAAAGUGUAAGAUUGGGGAGGGGUCACUUUUGUUGGUUUUUGCCUUUAUUAAAAUAAUGGUAUAAAUCUGAUUAUUGUAUUUGAUCUGAUUAAAGUCAGAAUUUAUUUUAUCUGA